AGGGGACGCGCCAGGGCCACUCGCGCAGGGGCGACCCCCGGGGCGGAGGGGCGAGCAGGAGCUGCCCACCCCGGGGCAGGAUCGGCCCGAGGAGCACGGCCCCGCUCAGGGGCACGGCUCUCAGCAUGACAGAGCCAGCGCCAGCAGCUGCCACCAUGCCAGCCUGCAACGGGAGCCUCCAGCUCGCCGCGGCCAUCGAAGAAAUCCCAAAAUCUGUCGGGACAGUCCCGUAUGCGAAUGCGGACACGAGCCCUGACGCCUCGCCUGCGAAGGAGAGUCUGGAGGAAACGACAAACUCGUUGGCAGAGGACAUCACUGCGGAGAACUUUGCUGGGGAGAAGCGGUGCCAAGAAAAGCGAGAGGAGAACGCUGGGACACUCCAGCAGGGAGCAGCGGACGCCCAGGACACAGGGAGCAAUGCCCGGGGAUCAGGGGAAGGGCCGGGUGGCACAGCGGGGACGGGCACGGAGACCCUGCCGGGCGGCGCCGAGCCCCGAGGGACUGCGGAGGAGGCAGAGGAGGAGGAGGAGGAGCAGGAGGAGCAGGACACGGAAGAGGAUGAAGUUCAGGUGAUCGAGUUGAAGCCGGGGAACAGCGAGGGGUCCCGGCGGCAGCAGCCGGACAGCGGCCAGGAGCCACCGCUGUCCCCGGGCAGCCCCGGCUGCAACUCCCCGCUGGAGAAAGCCGGGGAGCCGCCCAGCCUGGGCAAAAAGAACGACAUCUCCCGACACAGCUACUCCAGGUACAACACAAUCUCCUACCGGAGGAUCCGCAAAGGAAACACCAAACAGCGCAUCGACGAGUUCGAGUCCAUGAUGCACUUAUGAACUGCGGGGGAAGCUGAACCACCCAGCCCUCGGGCUUGGUUUCGCUUUGCUCCCCCAAAACGUGUUCUCUUCACACAACACAAGGUCACUGCUUUUCUUCUUUUUGUAUAUGAUUUAUAAUACACCGUGAAAAUUUAACAUCUUGGCUUUGACAGGGGCAGAGGCAUCCAUAGCUCAAGGAAAUAAAUAAUCAGUUUGCUAAAUACA